GCCACACUGGUGUUGUGGUUGGUGGCGGUGUGAACCAGCUGCAACAGUGGUCUGGUAUCUUGCGAACGAAGAUCGAGGUGUUCUUUGGAUCGACAAAGAAGAGGCAGUCUCGUGACUCGUGUAUGGACCGCCGAGAAAGAUCCUCUCGGGAUCCCUCGCUUGGCGCCUGAGAAGUGCCGAGCACCGCUGACGAAGACCGAAAGGCAUCACAGCAGUCCACCCGACUCCCCCCACCACCGCUCAUUGGUGCUCGAGAUUUUGCAGGCAUCCUCCACAGUCCCACCAACUGGGGUCGUCCGCAUGGUGUUCACACAAGGAGCCCUGUGCCGCUGAGGCCGAAGUGCUUUGUUGGGCAACGUUUGCUUAGUGCAAGCAUGGAGCCUCGGUUCCCAGGCUUCCCUACGGUUUGGGAGCCGUACACGCCCGACCGACUAGUUGACUUGGCUGGUCUGCAGUGCCUGCAGCAGUUGUACCUGUAUAUUACAGACGAGUCAGAGCUCAGGCUUCCGGCUCCAUUGUGCGAACGCCUCCUGAAGCUGGCCGCAGAUGACAAUUAUCCAGGGGGUGCCUCAGCCUGGCGUGCGAUUCUUGAUUUGCUGGUGUAUGCAUAUGAGUGGACUCGCCUGGACAGGCUGCGGGUGCCACCAAACCGGCCGCUGAAAGACCAGGAGCUCUGGUCCCUCGUGUCAGUACACCCGGUGCGGGACUUGGAUAUUGGAAUGUGUGCGAGCCUGACACCACGGGUGGUUCCACUGCUGCGUUACAACCUAGCAAUUAAGAACAAGACUCUGCGGUCGUUGAUUUUGCCUCCUAAUCUCCUGCAGCUGGAUUAUAGCUGGAAAGACCUCUCGUGGCUGUGGUCCCAGAUGUCCCUGGAGCGCCUGUCACUCUCUGGAGCAGGACCACAGCUUUCAGUCCAUGCUAACUGGAGUCACUUGCAGUCGCUGCGACUGCUUGACCUGUCUCACUGCUCCAUGCUAACUGGAGAUAACCUAACUGGGCUGGAAGCACUGGCCCCAACUCUCGCUUGGCUUAGCUUAGCCGAUGUGUCACAGCCGAAUCUUGCUCUAGAUGUCCUUUGUCAACUCAAGGCGCUCAGGCACCUGGACCUCUCGCAGAGCACUAAUGAGCAGGGGCAGGGCUUCUAUCCCCAUCCAGAUGCUUGGCUCUCCACGCUGGCCGAGUCACUACCCGAGCUCACUUCGCUCGAUCUCUCGGGCACCAACUUGCCUGGCAAGCAGGAGAUCGCUUCGAACGAUGACACUUCUGGGAGUGGGAGGCUGUCAUCGAUUCCAGGUCUUCAGUGCCGUGUGGAUCGCCCCCUAGAUUUUCUCGGGCUCCUGAACACAUCGUCCGAAGCUUGCUAUGGCAUUAAUAUUCCUGCUCUCAGGGUGUCUGGUGACGCCUCAGAGGAACAAGUGCUGGUGGCGGCACAGGCAUACCAAUCGCGGCCCCUCCUGCUGCAGAAGGUGCUUAACGACCUUUUCCACGUGUUUCGCUAUGAGGCCUGUGAGCAUCCACACCUUGCUCUGGAUGUUGUGCUUGCCUCCAUGACCCGGCAUCUCAACGACAAGCAUAUUCAGAUUGCCGGAAGUGCGUCGCUUUUUUACCUGGUGAAAGGCGAGGAGAGGGCUAAUUUUAAUGUUGGCAUUCGAAGGAAGAUAAUCAAGUGCUUGCUGGAUGCCAUGGGAUGCCAUCGAAGUUACACGACGAUGCUACGAAAUGGCUGCCUGACAAUGAUUCACUUUAAGAUACCCCAAGAUGUGCUGUUUGACUAUGAGCGGUUGGUAGACAUUCUGCUGUACAUAGUGUCUCAGUAUGACCAAGACGAGUUUGUUCAGCGCAUUGGCAUCUACCUGCUCAACUCACUGGCCUGCCAAGUGGACGGGGGCCAGAAACGCCUUGUCGGAGACAAAGGAGCCAUCAAGAUAAUGCUUCAGCUGAUUAAUGGCCGACUUAGGACCCACACAUCUGACGAAGUUAUGGAGACUGCUUGGAGCACCAUGUGGAAUGUCACUGAUGAAACACCAGUAAACUGUGAGAGGUUCCUGGACGGUGGGGGAAUGAACUUGUUUCUUAGGUGUUUAAGGAUCUUCACGGACAAGCCGGAGCUGCUGAGAAACAUGAUGGGACUGCUGGGCAAUGUGGCUGAGGUGAAGGAGCUCAGGCCACGACUCAUGCAAGACAAGUACCUGCUUGUGUUCAGCGAGCUGCUGGACAGUGAGAGCGAUGGCAUAGAGGUGAGCUACAAUGCAGCAGGCAUCCUGGCACACAUUCUGUCCGACGGGCCCGAGAGCUGGGAGAAGGCUUCUAUCCAGGCUGUCUCAAGAGAUGAAGUGCUGAUGCGCAUGCGGCGAGCCAUUGACCGCUGGGCACUCAUCACCAAGCGCAACAUUAACUACCGAUCGUUUGAACCGAUCCUGAGACUACUGAGCUGUGAACACACUCCAGAAGCCCUACACUGGGCUGUAUGGGCCCUGGCCAACCUUACUCAAGUCUAUCCUGGCAAGUACUGCCCCCUGGUGCGAGAAGAAGGUGGUCUUGAGAUGCUUGAACAACUUAUGAAAAACCCUAGGUUGUACCCACGUAUUCAUGAGCUUGCUAAGCUCAUCAUUCAUCACUGCUGCAACCACGAGACUGAGGACGGUGAUUCGAUGUUCCUGGAAGAAGAGGCUGCAUGACAGAGAGAGCUCCUGCAUUGGGCAGCCAAAAGACUUGCAAUAAAGGACACCGCUGGUUG